AUGCUAAUGCGCAUACUCAUCGACAAUCCGGGCCACACGUUCACACGCAACAUCGAUGCCACAUUCGUCGCUACGAUAAAGGAUCUCCUGCGUGAUGGGUGGGACCUCAACGUGCAACACUUCCUCCGGGAAACGCUGGGUGCCAUCGAGUCGCAGCGACAGUGGGACGAGGAUCUAGCGCCGCUGAUGCAGAUGUGGAAGAAGGAGAAGAGUAAGCUGAGCAGACAGAACAGUGGGGUACGCUUGUCAAAUCAUGGUAAAGUAGCGAAAUACAUUGCUAAAAGUUCGCGGUUUGGGCAGAGCACCUGGAGAUCCUCACGGUCGCAGCACCAACAGCAGCAGCAGCAGGCAUACCCAUACAUGCAGAGCUCUGCCCAACCUGCCUCGACAUUACCACCACCAGAUGAACUCGCUGCUCGCGUGACGGAAGCCAAAACGUCGGCCAAGUUACUCUUGCAGUUCGUUCAGUCGACGCCGCCUACAGAGUUCAACGGAAACGAGCUCAUCAAGGAAUUCUGUACUCGUUGCCAGACGGCAUCCCGCGCCAUACAGAACUAUAUACACUCGACGAAUCCCGCACCGGACGAGAACACGCUUCAGACCUUAAUCGAGACGAACGAUGAGCUGUCGGUCGCGUUGUCCAAGUACCAGCAUGCGUUCCUCAGCGCCCGCAAAGCAACUGGCAACUCGGGGAGUCAGUCACCCACUCCGUCGAACGGAGCCGCUGACACUGGGACCAAUCGUCCACUCCCUGUGGCCCCAGUGCCGCAGCGACAAGGGCAAAGCGCCUCGCCCUCGGUCUUCUCGCCACCAUCGCCGCCGCCGCGGCAGCAACAGCAACAGCAGCAGCAGAGCACUGCAACGGUGGCUCCCUUGUCAGCGACGUCUUCGGCCGCAGCUCCGGUGGGUAAUAAUGCGGCUCGGUACGAGUACCGGUCGGAGGAUUUCCAAGUACCGAAUCCAUUUGCGGAUGACUACAGCACAACCACCACAGAGAAUCAACAACAGGCAGGAUCAUACCAGCGCCCUACGCAGCACACUCUUUGA